UAGAUCGCUUCACAAUGGGAUUUCUGAACUCUGGUGAAACCCAAGGGGACCAGCCAAAGGAGAAUGACUUCUGUAUCGGCACCUGUCAUGCAAAGCAAAUCCUAGAGGUGUUUAACUCCUAUCGGAAGAGCGGCACCUUCACAGAUGUUGUCCUUCAGGUGGAGAGCAGCGAGUUUCCCUGCCACCGUGUCUUGCUGUGUGCCAGUAGCCUGUACUUCCACGCCAUGUUUCAGGGCCAACUUUGCGAGAGCCUCCAGUCUGUGGUCAGGCUGCAGGGCAUCACUGCAGCUGCCAUGGGAAACCUGCUCAACUUCAUGUAUGAGGGCAAGGUUGAUGUUAAUGAGGAAAAUGUGGAGAGUGUCUUCAGAGCCGCUGAUCUGCUUGGUGUAACCGUCCUCAGCAAGGCCUGCAUCCAGUUUCUGGAAAAUUGUGUGGACCACUCCAACUGCCUGGGCAUCAUGGACUUUGCCAGCUCCUUCUUCAUAUUCCCGCUGGCAGAGAGGUGCCAGAAGCUCCUUUACCAGGAUUUUGCAGAGGUGUACAAGCACGAGGAGUUCCUCAGCCUGAACAAGGAACGACUGGUAGAGCUGCUGUCCUGCGAGCAACUGCACGUAGACCGCGAGGAGGUCCUGGUGGAAGCUGUGCUGAAGUGGGUUCGCCAUGAGCCCAAUGACAGGAAGGGGGCACUGAAGGAGCUGCUGGAGCAAGUCCGCCUGCCCUUGGUAGACCCUGUGUUCUUCAUCAACACUUUGCAGUCAGAUGAAAUCCUCCAGGACUGCAAAGAGUGCCUCCCACUGCUUCUGGAAGCACUAAAAUAUCACACCUGUGGAAAGGAAGUAAACUCUGCUAGGACGCUGCCAAGAAGGUCAACGAGGAGGUCAGAGGUCAUUGUAGUGAUUGGCGGCUGUGACAAAAAUGGCUUCUCCAGACUGUCAUUCACACAGAAGUUUAACCCAUGCACUAAAGAAUGGGUGCCUGCAGCUUCCAUUCCCGGUUAUGCAAAGUCUGAAUUUGCUGCCUGUGAGCUUCAAAAUGAUGUAUAUGUGUCAGGAGGACAGUUGAAUAGCUCUGAUACAUGGAGAUACAUGCCACAGCUUGACCACUGGGUGAGGGUUGCGACGCUGACAAAAGGCAGAUGGCGACACAAAAUGGCUGCCCUCAACGGAAAGCUGUAUGCAGUCGGGGGCUACAAUGGGCAUCAGAGGCUAUCCAGCGUUGAGUGCUACAAUACCUAUGACAACCAGUGGCUGGAUGUGGCUCCACUGUUGCUGCCCGUGAGCUCGGCUGCUCUGGCAACAUGCUCUGGGAAGCUCUAUGUCAUCGGUGGGGCAGUUAGCGACACUGCUAACACAAAUAAGGUGCAGUGCUAUGAUCCCACUACUGACCAGUGGAGCUAUGUGGCAGCCUGUCCCUUUUCUCAGAGGUGCAUAAGUGCUACCACCUUCAACGACACCAUCUAUGUUGUUGGAGGACUAUUGAACAACAUCUACAGCUACUCUCCUAAGUUGGACACCUGGAACAAAGUUGCAGACUUGUCUAUGAAAUUGGAGAGUUGUGGGAUUACAGUGUGUGAUGGCAAGAUCUACAUCCUAGGAGGCAGAGAUGAGUGUGGCUCUGGCAUUGACAAAAUCUGGGUCUUCAGCCCUGGGAGUGGGCAGGUGAUAGAAGAUCCAGCCAUGUCGCGCUGUGUGAGCUACCACGGCUGCGUCACCAUCACUCAGCGCCUUUCCUAAGUUCAAAGAGAAUUUGUCCAGAGCUCAUGUUGCAGUCAAGAUUCAUAUUCAAGAUUCUCCUCAGCCACUGAAUUUUGAAACUCGUGCAGAAGGCUUAAAAUGGCUUCAUUCACAAUUCAAAUGUUCAGAUAUGGAUUAGUUUCACACCAACUUUCAGAUAUCACAGCAUUGAAUGUUGUGUAGAAGGAAACAGCAUUUUAAAGAGAACAAAGAAUCACUCUGCAAUUUGAAGAGAGCACAAAGACUGAAUAUAUUUUGACUGGAGCUUCAAGAUACUGUGAAUUAUGACAAAGAACCGCAUAGUAAGUUUAGCAUUUUAUUUGUCAUGUCAUAUAUAGAUGAGGCAAUGACUAAUAAUUUAACUAUAAUUAUGACAACACUGGCUUCUUCAGAGUUAUGUUGUUUCCACCUAUUGAAUUUCAUUCUUAUAGUUUUCAGGAACUGAUUUUGUUUGCACUGUAACUGCACGUUAUCAUCAGCCUCUAAAUGUUCACUCUACUGUAUGCUUGUGCAUUGAUGUGUAGUUUCAUACCAGAAUAAGAUUACAAUGCCAUGACACUUUUAUGCAACAUAAUACUCCAUUUAUCUCCCAAACAAGUUCAUCCUUAAAACUAAAGGAACUUUUACUAACUGACACUUCUGGUAUUUAAUAGAAAAAAAUGUGUAUUAUAUUUAUAGUAGAAAACUGAAUUAUGUCUUACAGUUUUGCGACCAUUUAAAUCUGGGCUUCAAGAAAUGCUGUGAAUUAGAGUUUUCUUUGACUAGUUUCCUCCUCUGUAAAUGGAUGGAUUAGUGAGCUGACAGUACCAGCUAUAAGUUCUUUAGGAUGUGUUACCUGAGGGCAAUGUCAUAUUUCUUGCAAGAUCAGAACAUAAGCGCAGAGAUUGUUGUCCCAAGUGUCAUAGUCAUAGUCUGAAGAGCAAGGGUCAUGAUCUGAAGAGUUGGGGGUUCAGAUGUGGCAAUCGUAGUCCAAAGGGCAAUUGGCAAGGCAUAACACACGAGACGUUCCAUGCCGAGCUGGGGAUCCAAGAUACCAUUUACCAACAUUAUAAUUAUUU